GCAUCCUUCAAUUCAACGCCAUCUCUUCUCGUCUCCCUUGCCACACCCUGCAAAACACUGUGGUUUUCCUUUUUUUUUUUUCUUUUUUUCUCGCAACUCCCGAAUCGCAGCCCAACGCCAUCAUGAAGCUCUCACGCCUCCUGCAAUUGCCUGUGAUGCUCGCCGCCGCAACGCUCGCCCCGGCGGUGCUGGCCGAACACACGAGCAACUGGGCCGUCCUCGUCUGCACAUCCCGGUUUUGGUUCAACUACCGCCACCUAGCCAAUGUGCUCUCCAUCUAUCGCACCGUCAAACGACUCGGUAUCCCCGACUCGCAGAUCAUCCUCAUGCUGCCCGACGACAUGGCCUGUAACCCGCGAAACGCCUUCCCCGGCACCGUAUAUAGCAACUCGGAUCGCGCGGUCGACCUGUACGGCGACAACAUCGAGGUGGACUACCGCGGUUACGAAGUCACUGUCGAAAACUUUAUCCGGCUCCUGACCGACCGCGUCGGCGACGAAAUGCCUCGCAGCAAGCGCCUCCUUACCGACGACCGAAGCAACAUCCUCGUGUACAUGACAGGUCACGGCGGAAACGAGUUCCUGAAGUUCCAAGACGCCGAGGAGAUCGGCGCUUUUGAUCUUGCCGAUGCGUUCGAGCAGAUGUGGGAGAAGAAGAGAUACCACGAGAUCCUCUUCAUGAUCGACACCUGCCAAGCGAACACGAUGUACAGCAAGCUCUACUCCCCCAACAUUAUCGCCACCGGAUCCUCGGAGCUCGACCAAUCCUCCUACUCCCACCACGCCGACAACGACGUCGGCGUCGCCGUCAUCGACCGGUACACAUACUACAACCUCGAGUUCCUCGAAUCUCAAGUCCAGGAUCUGAGCUCCAAGAAGACGGUCGGCGAGCUCUUUGACAGCUACACCUACGAGAAGAUCCACUCCCACGCCGGCGUACGCUACGACCUGUUCCCAGGCGGCGCCGACGCCGCGCGCAGCCGUCGCAUCACCGACUUCUUUGGCAACGUGCAGAAUGUCGAGGUGGACGGGGCCAAGAACAUGGCCCUCGACGAAGAGUUGCUGGAGCUGAGCCAGAAGAUCUCUGCGCUGAAGCGGCGGGCAGAGGAGGCCGACGCCGCAGCGAAGAAUGCUUCGCUGGCGGACAAGGCCAAGGUUCAGACGCCGAACGCUCAGGUCCAGGCCAAGCGUGUGAAAAUGGCUAAACCUCUCACGAACGAUAACUGGUGGGAGAAGAAGAUUAUUGGCGCCACCGCUUUGGCCGGAUGCGCCCUUCUGUGGGCCUUAGGGUCGUACCUCGAGACUCCGAAGAAGGCGGAGGAGGAGACUAAGACGACGAGCAGCCAGAAUGGCCAUGCCACUGUCAAGGCAUAGCCGUCUUCUUUACUUUUGUGCCUUUUCUGUGUUUUUGUUUGACUUGUUUGAUGUUGCAUCUAGCAUGGCGUUUGGUGGGAUAGGGAAGGGAAUACCACCGUACAUUGAUGGCAUGGUAUGCAUGCGCCUUGUCUGGUGGAGGUAUUGAGGUCCGGUUAGUUUGCGUUGGAUUGAAAGAAAGAAAAAAUACCAGUACGAGGAUUCCCCAAUAUUGAAAAACAUGGCCAC